AUGUCUUUUCAACUACUCCUUCUUGCAGUGAUUACAUUCCUUCUCGUAACCACCACAGGUCACAUUUUCUGUGCCCAAUUUGAUUCCAAAGUCUCUGGUGGUUCCUCUGCCACUGAAAAUGAAUUUCCACACAUGGUCAGCAUUCAAUACUUUUCAAGUCCAAGUGCCACUGGUAUUCAUUUUUGUGGUGGAACUUUAAUUUCUCCAAAACAUGUCCUCACUGCCAGUCAUUGUGAAAUUGGUCUCACCAAUGACAAGAUUCGAAUUGUGUUGGGUUCCUCAAGCAAUGUCUGCUCGUCAAAUCUUGCCAGUUCUCAAAAAUGUAUCAUGCGAGGAGUGACACGUUUCACCAAACAUCCAAAUUAUGAAUCGAGCACAAUUAAGAAUGAUAUUGCCAUCAUUGAAAUGGAUCAACCUGUUCCUUUGGAUGGUUUGCGAGCAACAGCAGCUGUCAUUGAAGGUGCGACCAUUCCAACAUCCAGUCAGGUCUAUAUUGCAGGUUGGGGAAGAACUCCUUCUUCAUCGAGUACAACUAAUUUACAAAAAGCUCAAGUCCCAAUCUCUCCAGUUUCAGUGUGUAAUGCUAAAAAUUUGGGAAUGGUGAAUCCUCGACAAAUUUGUGCUGGAAAUGGAAAUGGAGUGGACACUUGCGGAGGAGAUUCUGGUGGUCCAUUGUUUAGAAAAGUGGUUCCUCAAAGUGGAUUGCCAAUUUUCGUAGUGGCUGGUGUGGUGAGCUAUGGACCUCCUGGAUGUGGUGGUACCAAUGUUGGUGUUUAUACCAAUGCUACUUAUUAUUUGGAUUUUAUUAGAAGUCAAGUGUCAACUGGAACUCAAUAUACAGUGUCAACGUUGGCUUAUGGUGCUCAACAACCUUCACAACCAACUCCAACACCUACCCCAACACCUACUCCAACACCAGUGACUCCAAAACCAUCGCCAAAUCCAUCAUGCAAGUGUAAAUGCUAUUGUAAGAAAUUGCAAGCUUUGAGAGAAGGAAAAUUGAGAGGACAUCUUUCAAUGACAUCAAAUAAGCAACAACAAUCAUCACCAAAACCUUCACAAAUGGAUAAGGCAGUAGAGGCCAGUACUGAUUGUGGUACCAAUACCAAGUGUGAAACACAUGCGGUAGAUUCUUCUGCCAAUCGAUCGAUUGGUUUUGGAUCUGUUGCCAUGGUAUUCUUUGCUUUGAUUUUAGCUUUGGUUUGGUAA